CGAUAAUAAAUUGUUUCUCAGAGAAAAUUUUCUGGGGAAAAAUCAGCAAGAAAAUUUUGGAGCAAGAACGAGAGAAAUGUUCGGGUACACGGGCGUGAGUAGCAAGGGUGGAGAAGUAGACCUAGAAUCUGGGGAGACCUUGUACCCAGGUUUGAGCUAUGGCGAGAAUCAGCUCCGAUGGGGUUUCAUUCGCAAGGUCUACGGAAUUCUCGCGGCCCAGAUCGUGCUUACCACCAUUGUCUCCUCUGUCACCGUUUUGUACUCUCCGAUCAACGACCUUCUCCGGGGAAAUUCUGGCCUUCUUCUGUUCCUUUGCUUCCUUCCCCUAAUCUUAUUAUGGCCCAUGUACAUUUACAGGCAGAAGCACCCUCUGAACCUCGUCUUCCUCGGACUUUUUACGACUACUCUUAGCCUCACAGUUGGCGUCAGCUGCGCCAACACUGAUGGCAGGAUUGUGCUUGAAGCACUAAUUUUGACCUCAGCAGUAGUUUCUUCCUUAACUGGCUACACCUUCUGGGCCUCAAAGAAGGGCAAGGACUUCAGCUAUCUUGGACCAUUUUUGUUCACUGCCCUAAUGAUUCUCCUCCUUACUAGCUUUAUUCAGGCAUUCUUCCCUCUCGGUCCUACUUCUACUGCCGUUUACGGUGGAAUUGGUGCGAUAAUAUUCUCGGGGUACAUUAUAUAUGAUACGGAUAAUCUGAUCAAGCGCUUUACAUAUGAUGACUACAUAUGGGCUGCAAUCACUCUAUAUCUGGAUAUCCUGAACCUGUUCCUCACCAUUCUGCGGAUGCUGAGACAGGGAGACAAUUAGGUGGACACAGUUUUCUCGUCAUUCAGAUGCUUAUUUUAUAUAUAUGUAUGGUUAAAAAUAAUUUUCGGUCAAAAAAGUACAUAGUACUCUGAAGUAUUUUUCAUGUUGGCUUUUAGCUUUUCUUCUGACUGAAUGAAGUUUGAUAUUUUAGUUCAAUUUGUCCACCUAAAAUGGGUUAUAACA